ACGGCACUACCUGAGGUGCUUCUGACACUCGACGUAUAAAGGGCGCACUUGAGACCCGUCAAGCCUGCUUGGCCAAGCUGCUAGCGCUGGAGCUGCUACCCUGGAUCCCUUCACAAGGCUGAUAUGUAAUCCCUGACCUCAGCUCGCGUCGGCAAUGCCGCCUGCAAGACCGAAGGCAAGGCGGGCUGUGGCCGUCGAUCUGGUUAUGUUCCGAGCACUAGUAACGUUCUAUUCCCAAAGUGGCAUAACUAUGUUGAUCCCGCCUGCUGGGCCAUCAGCAAUCCCUGCAAAUACGAGCUGCUCCAGUCCGCCAAGGCUUCAAACCUUCUCACCACUGCCUGGUCCGCACACCGGGACGACUCUCGCAGCAUACAGAGGAUGCAAGGGCCCUUACGCCGCAUUAUCGUCCGCUUUACAACCCACAUCUCUGCCUAGUGCAUCUUUGGGUUAUAGUCAUGGCCACGUUGACGGCCACGAACGCCCAUUGUUACCAGUACCAAAAGAGGUAUAUCAACGUCAACAUUUGAGCCGUGGACCAGGAACAGGCACUGUGCCACGCGAAUGCCUGGACGAUGUCAAGCGAGUCAAGAUCACGCGCGUAUGA